AUGACGAAGAUACCAGCAGACGAGGAAAAGGAAAGUCUUGGUUUUCUAGAUGCUGCUCAUCUGGCAAUAUCAUUAAAAAGCAUAUCCAAGGGCCUCCAGAUUGAUUCAGAUGACUUUGAGACUAUAGCCCAACGAAUCUUGGCGUCUGUUCCGUCAAAAGUACAAAGCUGCGAGUUCAUCCAAUACACUGGAGAAGUACUAGUUGCGAUGACUACGACUCAUCCUGAUUUCGCUGUCCUUGCCGCCAGAUGGGAGGUAUAUAACCUUCACAAGAAGAUUGGUGGUUUGACCUUUACAGAAAACUUGAGUAUCAUCAAUGGAUUCCAACGUCCUCGAAGUGACGCACCUCUGGUGAAAAGACCUAGGGUAGGGAUGAAACCGAUAACCAAGAGGCUGAUAUCUGAUGAAUUUUAUGAUCUCGCUUUGCUUCAUCGAAAUGUUCUCGAUGAAGCAAUAGUGCCAAGUCGCGAUUACACUUUUUCUUAUUUUGGCUGGAAAACAUUGUGUAAAUCGUACCUCAUCAAGCGUAACAAUGAAGAGAUCCACGAAACCCCACAAUUUAUGUUCAUGAGGGUUGCUCUCGCAAUCCACGGUCCGCGUGGGGACGUAAACAAAAUUUUACAGACUUACGAUUUAAUGUCUCGCAAAUUUCUUAUACAUGCUUCCCCAACCCUUUUCAAUGCAGGAACGGUUAAACAAUAUCUAUCCUCAUGUUUCUUGGUUGCCAUGAUAGAAGACUCAAUCGACGGUAUCUACCGUACCUUACACAAGACAGCGAUGAUAUCUAAAGCUUCCGGGGGAAUUGGAAUACAUGUGUCCAAUGUUCGAGGAAGCGGGGCUUAUAUUUCCGGCUCUAACGGAACUUCCAAUGGACUCGUGCCAAUGUUGCGGGUUUUCAACAAUACAGCAAGGUAUGUGGACCAAGGGGGAAGUAAACGGCCAGGGGCCUUUAGCAUAUACUUAGAACCUUGGCAUUCAGAUGUAUUCGAUUUUUUGCAGCUACGAAAGAACCAAGGCAAGGAGGAAUUAAGGGCGCGUGACCUUUUCUGUGCCUUGUGGAUACCAGAUCUUUUCAUGAAGCGUGUAGAAGCCAACGAAACGUGGAGUUUAUUUUCUCCGGACGAAGCUCCGGGCCUACAAGAUUGUUUUGGCAGUGAUUUUAACGACCUAUACGAAUACUACGAAAGGACUCUCAAACCAAAAGAGACUGUGCAGGCACAGAAGCUCUGGAGAGAAAUUUUACAAAGUCAAGUUGAAACGGGUGGUCCAUUCAUGCUUUAUAAGGACUCUUGUAAUAGGAAAUCUAACCAGCAAAAUUUGGGGACAAUCAAGUCAUCCAAUCUAUGCUGUGAAAUCGUGCAGUACAGCUCACCCGAAGAGACUGCUGUUUGUAAUCUAGCUUCGGUCGCCCUGCCUUCUUUUGUUAAAAUACAAGGUGGACAGGGAACAUUUGAUUUCCGAAAACUUCACGAGAUAGUAAUGGUGAUGACUACCAAUCUAGAUACGAUGAUAGACAUAUGUGAUUAUCCUGUCGACGAUGCAGAGUAUAGCAACAAGAAAAAUCGACCACUGGCGAUCGGCGUUCAGGGACUUGCAGACGUUUUUUACAUGCUACGGAUUCCAUUUCAAUCUGAAAUAGCUCGCGUUUUGAAUCGACAAAUCUUUGAAACCAUGUACCAUGCCGCGAUCGAAAUGUCACUUGAACUUUCAAAGCGGUAUGGCCCUUAUUCGACCUUCAAAGGAUCGCCUAUGUCCCAAGGUUUGUUUCAAUUUGACCUUUGGGGGCUCAACAACACAAACUAUGACUUUCUUUACACGGAUUGGAGUCGUUUACGGAAGGAAGUCAUGGAACAUGGGAUAAGAAACUCGCUAUUAAUCGGACCAAUGCCAACGGCGUCAACGUCACAGCUUUUGGGAUUUGUAGAGUCAUUUGAACCGCUAUUAUCAAAUAUAUACACGAGAAGGGUACUCAGUGGUGAAUUUACUGUCGUUAACAAAUAUAUGAUCGAAGAUUUUCGCCGUCUGGGAGUCUGGGAUGAAAAGUUGAAAAACCUCAUAAUCGCUAAUGAGGGAUCCAUCCAGCAAAUUGACGGCAUCCCACAGGAGCUCAAAGACCUUUACAAGACUGUAUGGGAAAUUCCACAGCGUGCACUGAUUGACCUGGCGGCCGAUCGUGGCCCCUUCAUCGAUCAGUCCCAGAGUUUGAACCUCUACUUAAAGGAACCUACGAUGGCGAAACUCACCAGUAUGCACUUUCACGCCUGGAAGAAGGGAUUGAAGACGGGUAUGUACUACCUUCGGACCCAGGCAGCUUCCAGUGCUAUCAAGUUUUCCUUAACCGCGGAGAAUACGCUGAACAAGCCCGUGGAGAUCCCUCAGGGUAAAAGCAUCGAGACAUUGAUGGUUAAGGGCAUAUAUCUACAAAGCUGCAAUUCCAAGGUGAUAUUCACGACUUCUGACCCCACUUCUCUGGAGCCAAGCCCUGCUUUCAACGAAAGUAAAGAUAGUUUUAUCGACCGAGGCAAUAACUUUGGAAUUCACGAUUCUACCCCAAUUGUCUGCAGUUCACCUGCACCUACAGCUAAUUGUGAUAGCUGUUCUGGUUAA